CGCUUCAUCCAAUGGAAUAGGGACAGACAGGAACGUCAUGUCAGUGUCUGGAAGGAGCCAAACUAGUCAUGAGCUAGGGCUAAUUGUCCGAUUAGCCUACGUCUGCUGCAUUUCGUAUCUAAAGUCAACAUUCUGCAUCUAAGGAGUCACUAACAGGUCAGCAUCAUGGGUGAACCACAACAAGUAAGCGCCCUGCCUCCUCCUCCUAUGCAGUACAUCAAAGAGUACACAGAUGAAAACAUCCGCAAGGGUCUGGCUCCUAAGCCACCACCACCAAUCAGAGACAGUUACAUGAUGUUUGGCAACCAGUUCCAGUGUGACGACCUCAUCAUCCGGCCUCUUGAGAGCCAAGGCAUUGAGAGGCUCCAUCCUGUGCAGUUUGACCACAAACGGGAGCUUAAGAAGCUCAACAUGUCCAUUCUGGUGAACUUUCUGGACCUGCUGGACAUCCUCAUCAAGAGCCCUGGUAGUAUAAAGCGUGAGGAGAAGCUAGAGGAUUUAAAGCUUCUGUUUGUUCAUUUGCACCACCUGAUUAAUGAAUACAGGCCACACCAAGCCAGGGAGACACUGAGGGUGAUGAUGGAGGUGCAGAAGAGACAGAGGCUAGAGACAGCUGAGCGGUUCCAGAAACAUUUGGAGAGGGUGGUGGAGAUGAUUCAGGGGUGCCUCGCCUCCCUACCUGACGACUUACCACAGAUAGAAGGACAGGAUGGCGCUGUAGACGUGACAAGGAGUGUGUCAGCAGUAGCUGGUGUUGGUGUCUCCUCUGGCCAGGCCCCCAGACUUAAAACUGAACCGAUGGAUGUCGAAGAAGCAGGUGCCAGCUGUAUGGCAGCAAGUCACCAGGACAAGAGCGCCCCUCCUGCAAAGAGAGAAAAAAUAUGGGACAAAGACGCGGCCAUGUGCAGUAUUAUUGAUGAAAUUGCUUAGAUUUUUUUUCUUGAGUAUUUGUGUUCCUUUUUUUGUACAUCCGUACUGCGUUUGUUUGUCUUUUUUGGUGCUGUACUCGGAUAAAAAUAUGAACGCCUGGCCUGAAAACACAUCUGGAGUUGAACGGUGUGUUAUUUAAAAGCUGUCAUUUAAAUAUUUUUAGCAGUUCCUGUGAAGAUGUUUGAUGAAUGUAAAUAUUACACAGAUCAGCUGGGGUGCCAGCAUUCAGUUUUUUGGAAUAAAACAAAUUAAACAACUUUCCAAUUGCAA